AAAAACCGUGAAAACACAAUGGAACAGUUUUUAAUUCAAAUGAAAUCAAAAGUUGACAAUGCAGAGGGAAAUUGAUUUCUUGUUCAAAAGAAAAGUACUGGAAAACGAAGAUGAGAAGUUCAAAAUCAGACAACAACCUGCAGAGGAUUUUGAGCAAGCUGAGGCUGAGGAGGAGAUCUACCUCUGCAUCAAAAGUGAUGCAGGCCGAGGGCAGCCUCCCUGCCAUUGCCUCCCUGAACGCCUCCUACUCCACGUCGCUGACCCUUCCUUCCUCAUACCUCCUGCUUCCACCUGCGUCACGCAAAGCUGUCUCUGAUGUCCGGCGCACCUUCUGUCUCUUUGUGACCUUUGACCUCCUCUUCAUCACACUUCUGUGGAUUAUAGAGCUAAAUGUGACCGGUCCAAUUUUGGAUAAUCUAGCAGAUCAGGUCAUUCGAUAUAACUUCAAGUCUUCCUUCUUUGACAUAGUCCUCCUUGCCUUGUUUCGUUUCCUCUGUCUACAAAUUGGCUACGCAGCAUUUCUGUUGAAACACUGGUGGGUUGUCGCGAUUUCCACUCUGGUGACCAGCGUCUUCCUCGUGGUGAAGGUCAUUGUAUCUGAACUCUUGUCCAAAAACGCCUUUGGUUAUGUUUUACCCAUCACCUCAUUUGUGGUGGCGUGGCUGGAAACCUGGUUCCUUGACUUCAAGGUUCUUACUCAGGAAGCCGAAAAUGAUCGAGCUUACCUAGCAGCAGCCAACUCUGACAGAGCUCCUCUGCUCUACCCCCGCGCUAUUUCUGACGGACAGUUCUACUCUCCACCUGAAUCCGUUGCAGACUCAGACGAGUAUUUGGAUGAGGAGGCUCUCAAGGCCAAAGCUGCCGCCUUGCAGGAGGAGGAGUACAUCAAGCAGGGUCAAGAGGCCAUGUCUGUGUUGGAAGAGUUCCUCAACCAGGAGGAGAACUGGAAGCUAGAGAAAAUCAGCGACACGGGAGAUAGCGUCUACACUAUGGAGACUCCCAACUACGGAAAGAUUUUUAUUUUGAAGGCCUUGAUGCAGUGUCCCGCGGAGUUCAUCUAUCAGGAGGCGAUACUGCAACCAGAGAAAGUAUCUGAGUGGACCAAAACAGUUGUUUCCUGCCAGGUCCUCCAGAGAAUUGACGACAACACUCUGGUGACACAUGACAUCGCCGCUAGCGUAGGAGGAGGCAUCGUGUCUUCCAGGGACUAUGUUAAUGUUAGACGAAUCGAACGCAGAGAAGACCGUUAUAUUAGUGUUGGCGUAUCAACCACCCAUGAUGCCAAGCCGCCGACUGAUCGCUGUGUCAGGGGAGAAAACUACCCAGGAGGAUUUGUGGUUCUGAAAUCCAGCAGUGACCCGUCUGUCUCCACAUUCAUCUGGGUCCUCAACACAAACUUUAAGGGCCAUCUGCCUCGCUAUCUCAUCCAUCAGGCCCUACCUGCCGGCAUGUUUGAGUUUGUGGGCCAGUUACGGCAACGCAUCGCUGACGUUUAUCCCCCCCCUGUCCAAUCGUCCUCAUCAACCACAAAGCCUAAAGAAAAGGAGCCUAGGAGGCAGAGCUCUGGACCCCCGUCAUCAACCUAAGGAGUGGAGGCGUCAUCCUGUGGAGCUCCUGAGCUGAAGGGAUGCGCGGCCAGCUGCCAUAACUGACCUGACUUUACCUCUAAGCAUAGGAGGCCAUAUUUCAGAUCAAGCAGAGUGAUUUGGACAGAACAAAUGACUCUCCUCAAACAUUUUUUUUUUACAUUUGACUGUUACUCUGACUCCCACUAGGACAUGGGAUCUGUUCUGAGUUGAGGUGCAGCGCACUCUCGCUUUCAUGAAGAGAGGAUCUAUGAGAACUGUUGUCACAGAACAGAAGCAGCUCAAAACCUAUUGUUGUUUAUUAAUUUGCUGCUUUUAUUUUUUUUCUUUACAUCUUCCUGCCUAUAUAUAACAGCCAUAUUCUUAUUAUUUUAAAAAAAUUCUGUGAUGAAGAGGAUGCGCUAUUGCUCACCACUAGAGGGCGACAUGACCAAUGUAGAUUGUGAAAAGGCUCUGUUUUUUUUUCUGCAGUACAACAGUAAAAUUUGUUGUUCCAGGGUUUUUAACCAGUUUUUUGUGAUUUUCACAGUGAUAUCUUAAAGCUAAUUUCAGAUCAAAGGGACGAUUGUUCAGGCGAGCUAAAAGUAGAUUAGACAUCUUACUACUGCUGUCUUUUGUGCCAAUCACCUCUUGUGGCCUUGUUGGGGGCAGAAUAAUGAGCUGGAGUAAUUGCAUGGUUUACAAAUAAAUUGAAGUUACAAUUUAUUUUGUCGUGUGUGAGAUAUGAAGUUUUGCUUCAUUACAUAAUGAAGCAAAACUCAGCUUGCAAUGAUGAAAAAAACUUCCCCUUCAGCUUAGUGUUAUUAGUCUGCAUACUAAUGGUACCACGCUCCUCAAAAAUCAUCAUGGUUCAAAGGUAAUUGUCCUGAAAUGUGGGUAAAAAGCUGUUUUUUUUUUCUUUCUUCCUUUUUUUACAGAAACUUCUUUUAUUUUUCCUAAAAGAACAAAUUUGUGGAUUUGACUUUGAGGAAUUCUGUUUUUGAAAGCUGCCAUUAAUAUAGGUGGAAAAAGAGCUGUGCAAGACGUCUGAAAUAUUUGGGUAAUGAAUUUACUCAGAUGUAUUUGUUCUGACAUUUUAAGGUUCCCACAAAAGGAAUUUCAAGUGAAGAAAAUGUAAACAAUUGUGCCUUCAUUGCAGUAAUUUAAUAUACUGGGCUUAUUGCUUUUUGUUCAUUCAAAUCUGUAUAUUUUCUGCCCCAAUGAUGGUCUAUUGUUGCACGAGAAGCCUGCUUGGAGCGCUUAUGUUUACUUAUUUCAAUAUUAGUUGUAAUUCAUUUUAACAUCAAACAUGUUAAUUCAAAGCCAUCACUACUGACCAACUGUUUUUACUUGAUCUUAAGUCUCUUAUGUGUAAUAAAACAUCAACACCUAUCUUGA